UUUGAAGAAAAAGGAAAAGGCGAAAACACCCCCCCUCGUCCCCCUCCUCCUCUCCCAAUUUCCGUGUCCUUUCGCUCGUGUAUAUAUAAAUUAAGAAUUUUACCAAGUCAGUGCUCCCACCUGUUCGACCCCCAUCACUGGUUCUCUCUCCACCUUUAUCUCUGUUUCGAGUUCUCCAUUUCAUUUUCUCUCACCACCCAAAAGUCAGCGCCGUCCUCUCUGUCCCUCCCCCACUGUUCCAAUUCCAAUCAGCCCAAUUGCAUGAACCAGAGAAGAAGCAUUGCUCCCAGGAAGAAGGAACCCAGGUUCAGACAUUGGGCUGUCUGAAGGCCGUCGUUUGUUUUGCGCUCAAUGGCCGACGACUGGGAUCUCAGCGCCGUGGUCAGGAGCUGCUCCUCUGCCGCCGCCCCGAAAAAGGAGAACCCGCUGGCUUGCUUCGCCUCGUUGACUUUCGAGGAGGAAGACAACCACCCGUUUGGGUUUCCGAAUCUUGUCGAGCCCAGAAACGAAGCUCUCGAUGAGCUCCAAGAACUGACCAGACCCUUUUACCCUAACAUCGACGGUUCCCUCUCGCUCGCUUCCGACUUCGCACCCGCAAACGGCUUCCCCGCGCCGAUUCCCCCGUACGCCACCGUCGUCCCCCACUUCACCCGCGCUUCCUCGGCACCCGCCAUUGGAGACCUCCAAGCUCCUCCGCAGCCGCAGCUGCAACAGGCGGUGCACCACCAGGGCUUUGACCGUAAAGUGCUUCCCGCUCGGCCUGUUUCUUCUGCGUUCUCUCGACCUGCCAUGCAGGCUCAGACACCAAGAUCCAGAAAAAGGAAGAGCCAGCAGAAGAAGUCGGUUUGCCAGGUGACGGCGGAGAAUCUGUCGUCUGAUCCGUGGGCUUGGCGAAAAUACGGUCAAAAACCCAUCAAAGGCUCUCCAUUCCCGAGGAACUACUACCGAUGCAGUAGCACAAAAGGUUGUUUGGCGAGGAAGCAAGUGGAGCGGAGCAACACCGACCCGAACAUCUUCAUCAUCACCUAUACCGGCGACCACAACCACCCCCAUCCCACCCACCGCAACUCCCUCGCCGGCAGCACCCGCAGCAGGUUCAACACAACCUCCUCCCUCCAGAAACCCGACCCAAUCGGCCCUGCCCAUUCUGCUCCCGCCGCCCCGUGCUCCUCCUCCACAGCCAGCCUCUCCCCGACGACCCCUCUGACAGCUCCAAUCGACGAGGAGGUGGCCCAUCACUGCGCUCUCCCGAUGAGCGAGGACCUGGGCAUGGACAAGGAAGACGGCGCCCGCGAGGAGGAAGAUGAGGACGACCUGCUGAUUCCCAACGUGUCGGCCAUGAGCGAAGAGAUCCUCAUGGGGCUCCGAGAGCUCGGCCAGAGCCCGGCUUCCGGGGACAACUUCUCGUCGGGUCAAGGGCGGGCGGAUUUUUCCCGGUUCAGCUCCGCCGCUGGCGGGGGCCAUUGAACCGCCGGAAAAAAGUUCGAAAAGUCGAAGACUUGACGUGGAUAGAUGUACACAGUCGGAUCGUUUCGCACAUACGAAGACUUUCUCUCUCUCUUUUUUUUUUUUUUUUUUGCUGUUUCUUGAUAGAUCUUCGUCCACCACCGACUAGGCAUAGAAAGAGAUUAGAUAGGAAGAAUCUCUCUUCCCUCCGCCACCAUCCAUCGCCAUGCUUCUCUCUGUUUCUUUCACUUUUUC